CCUCCACGCUGGCCAAUCAGAGCAGGCCGAGGCGAGACACCGCCAAGAUCAGAUUGUGAGAGGCGCUGCUGUGAGCUGGGCUAGUAACUGAGUGCAUUUGCUAACUUGGGAAGUGAACCGGUAUCUGAAGAUUGAGUGAUAUAAAGCAUUUUCUUUUUAUCCUGACGCAGAACUCCUUUUGGUCCUUUGGGAUCAUGGCUAAAGAUGCUGGUCUGAUUGAAACAAAUGCAGAGCUGAAAGUUUUCAUCGAUCAGAAUCUGAGCCCUAGCAAAGGUGUUCUGUCCUUGGUUACUGUCCAGCCUACAGCUGCCCCCAAACAGCUUCUACCCAAAACCCUCGGGCCGUCUAAUGUGAACGUUGCUGCACACAUGCAGCAUGUGCCACACAUGGUGAUUGGAACACCGCAGAGGCCGACGGUAUCGAACACGAUUCUGGUAAACAGUCCGCACACGCCCAGCUCCCAGUUCCUAACUCAGACCCAGCCCGCUGAUGCCUCGCCCUGGUCGUCAGGAAAGCGGGGUAAAAAAGGGGAGAAGAAUGGAAAGGGCCUGAGACAUUUCUCCAUGAAAGUGUGCGAGAAGGUGCAGAAGAAAGGAGUCACCACCUACAACGAAGUGGCAGACGAACUGGUGGCAGAAUUCAGCUCUGCAGACAACCACAUGUCGCCUAACGACUCGCACGUUUAUGACCAGAAGAACAUACGGCGGCGUGUUUACGACGCCCUCAACGUGCUCAUGGCCAUGAACAUCAUCUCCAAAGAGAAGAAGGAAAUCAAGUGGAUUGGCUUGCCCACCAACUCCGCACAGGAGUGCCAAAACCUGGAGGUGGAGAGACAAAGGCGGCUGGAGAGGAUUAAGCAGAAACAAUCACAGCUGCAGGAGCUCAUACUGCAGCAAAUAGCCUUCAAGAACCUCGUUAAGAGGAAUAAAGAGACAGAGCAGCAAGCAAAUAGACCCCCACCUCCAAACUCCAUCAUCCACCUUCCAUUUAUCAUCGUCAACACCAGCAAGAAGACCGUCAUCGACUGCAGCAUCUCCAACGACAAGUUCGAGUAUCUGUUCAACUUCGACAGCAUGUUUGAGAUCCACGACGACAUUGAGGUGCUAAAGCGCAUGGGCAUGGCCUGUGGCUUGGAGGUGGGGAAGUGUUCUCCUGAAAACCUGAAAAUUGCACGAAGCCUGGUGCCAAAAGCCCUGGAGCCUUACGUUAUAGAGAUGGCAAAAGGCCCCAUCAGCAACGUCUACAUCACUGGAGGCUCUUCUGCCAAUGGAGGUCGUUACACUGCAAGUGACGGCUGCACUGACGGCACCAUGGCGUCCAGCUCAAACGACUCUCACUACAGCGGGUCUCGUGUUGAGACCCCCGUCUCUUACAUGGGGGACGACGACGAGGAGGACGAGUACGAGGAAAACGACGACGAAGACUAACCCUCCCACAGCUCGCCACUCCAACGAGCGCAGUCCUUCAAACCACAGUCACCAUGGGAAUCGAAUCCCCCCCCCUUUUUUCGUGUGCGCUUCUUGAAA